AUGGAGAUGGAAGGGAACUCGCUGCCGUCGUCGUCGUGCCCCGACGGCAGGAAGCGGCGCGUCUGCUACUACUACGACCCUGGCAUCGCCAACGUGGACUACGGCGCGCACCACGUGAUGGUGCCCCGCCGCGUGGCCAUGACGCACGGCCUCGUCACCUCCUACAAGCUCCUCCCCGACAUGGAACUCCUCCGCACCAGACCCGCCACCGAGGACGAGCUCGCAGGCAUCCUCACCGACGACUACCUCCGCCUCCUCCGCGACCUCACCCCGGGAACCUACCGAGCCGACACGGCGGGGCGGCACCACAUCGGCGCCCUCUCCGGCGACGAGCGCAACGACAACCCGGUCAUCGACGGCCUGUGGGACUACUGCGCGCGGUACGCCGGCGGGUCGCUGGCCGCGGCGCGCGCGCUCGGGAGCGGCAAGUCCGACAUCGCCAUCAACUGGUCCGGCGGGAUGCACCACGCCUGCAGCGGCGAGGCCAGCGGCUUCUGCUACGUCAACGACAUCGUGCUCGCCAUCAGGGAGCUCCUGGCCGCCUUCCCCCGCGUGCUGUACGUGGACAUCGACGUGCACCACGGCGACGGCGUCGAGAAGUACUUCGCGGCCGACGGCAGGGUCAUGACGGUCUCCUUCCACCAGUACGGCCGCGGCGGCAAGGGGGGCGACACGUUCUUCUUCCCGGGGACCGGGAGCGCCGAGGACGUCGGCGAGGGCGCGGGGAAGUACCGCACGCUGAACGUGCCGAUGAAGGCCGGCAUGGACGACGCCGGGUACAGGGAGCUGUUCGUGCCGAUCAUGAGGGAGGUCAUGGGAGUGUUCCGGCCAGACGCCAUCGUGCUGCAGUGCGGCGCCGACUCGCUCUCCGGCGACCGGCUCGGGGAGUUCAACCUUUCCGUCAGAGGCCACGCGGAGUGCGUGAGGUACCUCCGGAGUUUCAACGUGCCACUGCUGCUCCUCGGCGGCGGCGGGUACACCAUCAACCACGUCGCGUCGUGCUGGUGCUACGAGACCGCGGUCGCCGUUGGCAAGGAGAAGGAAAUCCCCGACGACAUACCCCACCAUGGGUACGAGCACUACUACAAGGAUCAGGGAUACAAGCUCCACUACGGGGUUACCAAGGUGGGGAGAAACGCCGCCGGCACGAAAGAGCACAUGGACAACAUAAGGAAUGAAGCUCUCAAGAACGUGCAGAACCUUCACGAGCUCUUGAAGCACGGCGUCGCUCCGAGCGUGCAGUUCAAGGACAUCCACGACCGGGAACUCUACAAGAAACCUCCAAAAACGUCCGGUCCAAAAAAGAGAAGAGGCAGAGAUGGAGAUGCAGAGGACCCCAUGGACAGGCUGCACCGGCUGUGCGGCGAGGCGGACGUCCGCAACUUCUUCGCCAGGGUGGGAGAAGAAAAUAUUAGAGGAGCAGCUUCUUCGCCAGGUCGGGAGACGAAAAUAUACGAGGAACAGCGUCGUAGGGCGUCCUCCGCGGCUGUCCAUAGGUUCUGCCAUUGA